AUGCUCUAAUCCCAACUCCAAGUGUUUACUUCCGUGUCCGAUGACGUCUUUCUGGUGGAGGGCGCCAAUGAGCGUCGCGCUAAACUCCCUCUCUCAGUAGAAGAAAACGACAGAGAAGAAACAUGGAAACCUCAGACAAAUGACCACAACAAAGGUUUUAUUCGGGUUACAUUUAAUUAAUGGCUUAUUUACGAGCUCGUCCGUCGUGUGGUCAAUGCGAGCCUGUGUCUUUAAGAAAACAUUCAGCGCGAAUUGAGCAAUGGUGGAGAUGCAAAUGUGAGCAAAAAUGUCGAUAGUAGCGAAGCGAUGUGGAGUGAAAUUUACUCCGCCGUCGAUCAUCAUCAUCUACGAGAACAAAACCUCUGGCAAGAUGAGGAAGAGGGUCAUUCCUGUCAGGAACUUCUCUCAGUACUCCGAUUGCAGCCGCGCGGCAGAGCGUUUGAAGCAUCACGUGCGUCACAGCGUGUAUCUGGAGUGUGUGUCUUUGGCUCAGCUGGAGAGACUUCACCUCCUCCUGCGGGAUCAUCUGCAGGGCGCGAGUCUGGAGGAGAGUCUGGCCGCCCACCGUCACCAGGAGGAAGAGGAGGAUCUGAACAAGCUGAGCGAUGAAGAGCUGAGCCGCAGGAAGGCACAGAUGGACGAUCUGUUCCAGCGCAACCGCAGACGCAGAGGCGACCCGGACUUCGUGUACGACCUGGAGGUGGAGUUCGGAGAGGGCAGCGUGAAGGAGACCUGCAGCUGGGACGAGGAGCAGUCCGACCAGGAGUUUUAGGACCACUGCGGACACCUUUCACAAGCAAAACACUGGUGCACACAUUGGUUCCGUUUAGCUUUUGACGUGCUCCAAGAAACGUUUGAUUUAAUUUACGGUUCGUGUUUAGUUGCUACGUGUUAUGUGAAGCAUUUUGGGCAAUUCAACUUUCAGUUACAAUUAUAUUCCCGUUCUUCCCGUCCCUUUGUGCCCCCUGGUGGCAUAGUCGCAAACUGCGGUUAUACCAAAAAAACACAUUCAUACUCCUUUAGGCCAUGUCCACACUAAAUGAAAACGCAUAUUUUUGUCUCCGUUUUGCCCUUCCAUCCACACUGAGACGCGUUUUUAGGAAACAAAAACGUAUCUUUUUGAAAACGCUCUCCAAAGUGGAUAAAUUUGAAAACGCCGUUUUCGUGUCGUAGUGUAGACUGUGAAAACGGAGUCUUUCGAAAACGAUGACGCGUUUUUUGUCAUGUGACACUCAGUCAUGUUACUAAUUCGUUUACUUUAUUUUCGUUGUGAUUAUGAUUUUAGUGAUGUCGUCCUUACUGUGAGGGUAAGCAGCGUCAUCAGCAGGAUACUGUUCUUUAAAGCGGUCCAGUAUAUCGGCGUAUUUGUUUUGGCACGUC